AUGGCGGCUCCUCUUCCAAUUAAACACUGGAUUAGACUGAAAACUAUAGGGGAAGGUUCUUAUGGAGCCGUGAGUGUGGCUCGAAAUCUCGAAGACGGAGGAUUGUUUGCAGUGAAGUCUGCAACCUGCAAGGAUGAAGAGUUCCUGGAAUGUCUAGAGAGAGAAAUUGAUAUUCUCAAGAAACUAGAUUCGCCUUUUGUUGUUAGAUACCUUGGCCAAGACAGAGACGGAGAAGGAAAGGUGAACUUAUUCAUGGAGUAUAUGGAGGGCGGAGAUUUGUGUUCGCUUUCGAUGAGAAGCAAGGGGUUGCCGGAGAUGGCUAUUAAAACUUACACAGCCGCCAUUCUGAGAGGCCUGGAAUACCUUCACGAAAAGGGAAUUAUUCACUGUGACGUUAAAGGAAGGAAUGUCCUCUUGGGGUUGUCAGGCGAAGUCAAACUCGCCGAUUUUGGCGCUGCAAAGAUGGUUUCGAGCGAGCUUCCUGCUAUUCACGCUGGUACUUUGAGGUGGAUGGCGCCUGAGAUUUUAGAAAGGAGGGAACAGGGCACGGCAUCUGAUAUAUGGUCUCUUGGUUGUACGCUCGUGGAGAUGGCCACAGGGAAGGUGCCGAAAUUACCAGAAAAAUUCUCCGGAAUUUCAGAUUCCGGCCUUGAUUUUCUUGACAAGUGUUUCAUGCCAGAGCCAUCACAAAGGUGGACGGCUUCUCAGUUGCUUCACCACCCCUUUUUGGCUUCUACAUCCUCCAACCAAAUCUUGUGUUCCCCAAGGACUGUCCUAAGCGAAUCAUCGGAAUUUAAUUUUCCAGGCGGCCUUAACCAGAAUUCCGGCAUUCUCAACCCAAAUCAGAGAAUUAAAACCUUCUCAAUUUGCCAAGGCCUCGACGAAAAACAGUGGACUGAAACCUCGACAACUUGUAAUGGUUUUGACGAGAAUGAGAGAAAUAAAAUCCUAACAAGUUGCAGUGACUUUGAUGAAGAACAGACGAUUGAGACCCUAAAAAGUCACAUAGCUUUAGAAGCCAAGCAGCGGAUGAAAACCCUAAUAAGUUGCUGUGGUUUCGACCAAGAGGGGUGGGAAAGCAAGGACUGGAUAACAGUGAGGUCGUCAAUGGCGGGAGAACUUCGAGCGCUUCCUUGCCCCUAA